AUGUCCUCACUUCCCAGCUCAUCUGCCACUGCCCAACAAAAUGACGGCCCUUGCGCCGUCGAGGAUCCCGUCGAUCCCGAUGCCUCCGAUGCUAUCAAGGAAGCCAAAGCCCCAGAACCCUUCGUACCCAAUGCUGUGGUGCUGAAUACCAGCACUGCCCGCAGCUUUUCAACAACCCGUGGCCGGGUGCAUGGUACACCCGUUUGGCGCGAGGCCAUGGACUGGCAUGACAUCAGCUGGCAUAUCGCCAGGUGCAUGUACAUCAACGGGCAGAUUAGCGAGCGGCAGGGAAUGUUGGAUCCGGGAUCCAGAGAAGGAAACGCUCGUAAAGCUUGA